AAGUUUCUGACAGAGCGUAUUUCUAUGCGACACGGAGCUUCCCACAUGUAUGAGCAACGAUGGCGAAAGCUGACGAAUGCAUUACAUUGGAAGACUGUUUGAAUAAACUGAACGUCAACACACAACAUCCAGAUCGUUUUCUGAGCCUUCAAGACGCAGUGGCAGCAGACUUUACAUCUUUGACCAAAACCCUUUAUGACCUCCACAAAGCCCAGGAGCCGGCAAAAUAUAAUGGCAGCCCACUGGUUCAGUUGGUGGUGGAAAACUUUGAUGAAGAGCAAAUCUGGCAGGAGCUGGAGCUGCAGAACUCUGCUGUGCUAAAACAUUUUACAAAUGCAGUUGAUGAGGCUGUGUCUGAUGUGAUGUUAGCAGUACUGGAGGAGGAAGAGGAGAUGGAUGAAGGAACUGGGGACGAAGAAGAAGAGCCUGAUGAAAAUAUGGAGGAGGAAGUUGAAGAGAAUCCACGUAGUAGGUUUAAGAAAAUUGCUGACCGUGAAGCAGAAGAUUACACAGAUGAGGAUUCUGAUUUCGAUUUUGACGUGGAUGCUCUGGAGAAGCAAGAGAAACAAAAGUGGGAGCCCACGGAGAAACGUUCGAAAAUGAAGGGCCUUCCCUCGGAAGUUGAUGAUAAUUUCUUCAAGUUGUCCGAGAUGGAGUCAUUUCUUGAUGGCAUGGACAAGCAAGAAGGCAAGGAGAACGCUGACGAUGAGAAUGAUGUGGAUUACUUUCAGGACCUGCCCUCCGAUGAGGAUGACGAUUUUAACCUUGAAAUGAUGUCAAGCAGAAAGCCGAAGAAAAACACUGAGAAGAGCUCCAGAGACCUAAAGUACGAGGACUAUUUUAGUUCUGCCGAAGGGGCUGCCGCUGAUACUGGCGAGCAGUUGGAUAGUGAGGAUGACAGUGUGCAUGAGGAGGAAGAUGGAGAGGAAGAAGUAGAUGAUGAUGAUUCUGGCGACAACUUUGAGAAUGAGAAUGGACAUAUACGCCAGGCAAAAGCCUCUCACAAAAAGGUGACUUUUAACCUUUCUGGAGAUGAAGAGAGUGAAGGGGAAGACCUUGAGGACAUUUUGGGAGGGAAAAGCCCCAGCUCCAAAAAAUCUCAAUCUAAGUCAUCAUAUGAGAAAAUUCAAGAAAAGAUGUCACAGAAGAUUGAGGAGUUGGAGAAAGCCUCCCUUGCUGCAAAAUCCUGGCAGCUGUCCGGUGAGGUUACAGCGCAAUCCCGCCCAGAGAACAGCAUGCUUGAGGAAGACUUGGACUUUGAUCAGGCAUCGAGGAAGGCUCCUGCUAUCACGGAGGAAACCACACUGCAUCUGGAAGACAUCAUUAAGCAGAGAAUUAAAGACCAGGCGUUUGAUGACGUGGUACGAAAGGAGAAGCCCAAAGAGGAAGUGUUUGAGUACAAGAAGAGACUAACGUUAGACCACGAGAAGAGCAAGCUGAGUUUAGCAGAAAUUUAUGAACAGGAAUACCUCAAGCAGACACAGACAAAGACAGAGGAAGUGGAUAAUCCAGCCCAUGUUGAAAUCCAAAAACUGAUGGACGCACUCUUCUUAAAAUUGGAUGCGCUCUCCAAUUUUCACUUUACACCUAAACCCUGUGUGCCUGAGGUGAAGGUGGUUUCUAACCUGCCGUCUAUCACAAUGGAAGAAGUGGCUCCAGUCACUGCCAGUGAUGCCACACUGCUAGCCCCAGAGGAAAUCAAGGAGAAAAACAAAGCCGGUGAUAUUGUGGGUGACACUGAGAAGACGUCAACGGACAAGAAGCGCGAGAGACGACAUAAGAAGAAGGUGAAACAUUUCAAAAUCAAGGCAAAAGAACAGAAAAUGAAGCUCAAAGAAGCCAGUAAAGCCGACAAGAACAAGAAGCCAUCAAAGGCUCAAGCAAAAGAAUACCUGAAGAAACUCACUAAAGGAGGCAAAGCUACUAUACUCAAGGAUGAGGGAAAGGAUAAAGCCCUGCGCUCUUCUCAAGCCUUCUUCUCUCAGCUGCAGGAUCAAGUGAGAAGUCAGAUCAAAAGUGCAAAGGGGCAACCUACAAAAAAGAAACACAAAGAAGUUUCUGCUAGCAAACUCAAGUUAUAGUGAAUGAUGCUGUGUUUUGGUGGAUAAUUAUUGUACAGAGUCCAUGUUUAUUAUUAAACUGCCAUUUUCUAAUUCUUUAAGAUCUAUUUGUUUUAUUAAAACGAAACACUAUUGAAA